AUGGUGGCGCUCCACCGGAUCACCAACCAGAUCACCAACCAGAUCACCAACCGGAUCACCAACCGGAUCACCAACCAGAUCAUCAACCAGAUCAUCAACCAGAUCAUCAACCAGAUCACCAACCAGAUCACCAACCAGAUCAUCAACCAGAUCAUCAACCAGAUCAUCAACCAGAUCACCAACCAGAUCACCAACCGGAUCAUCAACCAGAUCACCAACUGGAUCACCAACCGGAUCAUCAACCGGAUCAUCAACCGGAUCACCAACCAGAUCACCAACCAGAUCAACCGGAUCAUCAACCGGAUCAUCAACCGGAUCAUCAACCGGAUCAUCAACCGGAUCAUCAACCAGAUCACCAACCGGAUCACCAACCGGAUCAUCAACCGGAUCAUCAACCGGAUCAUCAACCAGAUCACCAACCAGAUCAACCGGAUCAUCAACCGGAUCAUCAACCGGAUCAUCAACCAGAUCACCAACCGGAUCACCAACCGGAUCACCAACCGGAUCACCAACCGGAUCACCAACCGGAUCAUCAACCAGAUCACCAACUGGAUCACCAACCGGAUCAUCAACCAGAUCACCAACUGGAUCACCAACCGGAUCAUCAACCAGAUCACCAACCAGAUCACCAACCAGAUCACCAACCGGAUCAUCAACCAGAUCACCAACUGGAUCACCAACCAGAUCACCAACCAGCUCUGAGGAUGAAGCUCCACAUCGUCUUCAUGAUGAAGGAGUUCUAUUUACUGAGCAGCUGGCCACAGUUUACCAGCAGAAUCUGGGCCCGUUUUGGACCGGUGACCCGUCCAGGAUGAACCCGCCUGUCAUCUGUUGGCUGAUGGAGACGGGCCCCACCUUGCUGAUCGAUG